GAAACCUACUGCAAUUGUCCAGAUGAGGCCUACGGUGAUCAAUGUGAACUGAUUAGAGGGAAAUGGGCUCAGUGGUCUCCAUGGUCUGAAUGUAGCCCAAGCUGUGGUGUUUCCGAAUAUCAGCGCCGUGUGAGAACACGUGAUUGCCUGGGAGAGGCUUGCAGAGGUGGUGAGGGUCACCUACAGAUGGAAAUGUGCCCCACAAUGCCCUGUCCGGAUGAAACACUUGCUUUGGCCAGACAAGGACGUUGGGAGGAUCCAGGUGAACUGAAAAUACAGAUGCUUCAAGCCCAAGCAGCUCGAUGUGUGAAACUAGUGGGCGCAAUCGCAGAAGCAUUAAUUUUGAUUUCAUGUGUCUUUUCCGGCCUCACUGCCACUGCAAUGGUUUUCUCGGUGUACUUCAUGUAA